AUGUUAAGAUCUUUAGGUCUUGGAUUGCUCUUGUUUGCUCUUCUUGCUCUGGUUUCCGGAGACAACGACUACGUGGGCUGUAACUGUGACGACGAAGGCUUCUUAAGCGUCCACACAAUCCUAGAAUGUCAAAGAGUGAGUGACCUCUUAAUCGCCAUUGCCUACUUCUCAAUACCUCUCGAGCUUCUCUACUUCAUCAGCUUCUCCAACGUUCCUUUCAAAUGGGUUCUCGUUCAGUUCAUAGCCUUUAUCGUCCUCUGUGGGAUGACUCAUCUCCUCAACGCUUGGACGUAUUACGGACCACACUCGUUUCAGCUCAUGCUGUGGCUCACCAUCUUCAAGUUCCUCACCGCGCUCGUCUCCUGCGCGACGGCGAUCACGCUCUUGACUCUGAUCCCACUGCUGUUGAAAUGGAAAGUGAGAGAGCUUUAUCUGAAGCAGAACGUGUUGGAGCUUAACGAGGAGGUUGGUUUGAUGAAGAGGCAGAAGGAAAUGAGUGUGCAGGUGAGAAUGCUGACUCGUGAGAUCAGGAAGUCGCUCGACAAGCAUAUGAUUCUUCGGACAACGCUCGUCGAGCUGUCGAAGAUUCUUGAUUUGCAAAACUCUGCGGUUUGGAUGCCUAACGAGAACAGAACGGAGAUGCAUUUGACUCACGAGCUGAGAGCGAAUCCGAUGAGGAGUUUCAGGGUGAUUCCGAUCAACGAUCCCGACGUUGUUCAGGUCAGGGAGGCGAAGGUGGUUGCGAUUCUGAGGAAAAGCUCUGUUCUUGCGGUGGAGAGCAGCGGUUGUCGCGGCGCGGAGGAGUUUGGUCCGGUGGCUGCGAUUCGAAUGCCGAUGCUCCACGGAUCGAAUUUCAAAGGAGGAACGCCUGAGUUUGUUGACACUUCCUACGCGCUAAUGGUUUUGGUGCUUCCGAACGCGAACUCUCGUGUUUGGACCGAUAAAGAGAUCGAGAUCGCGGAGGUUGUGGCUGAUCAGGUCGCGGUUGCUCUGUCUCACGCCUCUGUUCUCGAGGAGUCGCAGCUGAUGAGGGAGAAGCUCGGGAUUCAAAACAGAGCUCUGCUUCGAGCGAAACAGAACGCGAUGAUGGCGAGUCAAGCGAGGAACACUUGCCAGAAAGUGAUGAGCCACGGGAUGAGGAGACCGAUGCACACGAUCCUCGGUCUUCUCUCCAUGUUUCAGUCGGAAAGUUUGAGCCUUGACCAGAAAAUCAUCGUCGACGCGCUCAUGAGGACGAGCACGGUGCUCUCCGCGCUGAUCAACGACGUGAUCGACAUUUCGCCGAAAGACAACGGGAAGUCUCCGUUGGAGGUGAAAAGGUUUCAGCUUCAUUCGCUGAUCAGAGAAGCCGCUUGCGUCGCCAAGUGCUUGAGCGUUUAUAAAGGUUACGGCUUUGAGAUGGAUGUGCAAACGCGUUUGCCUAAUUUGGUGGUUGGAGAUGAGAAGCGAACGUUUCAGCUUGUCAUGUACAUGCUUGGUUAUAUCUUGGAUAUGACUGAUGGAGGCAAAACGGUAACGUUUAGGGUUAUCACUGAGGGUACUGGAAGUAGUCAGGACAAGGGCAAGAGAGAGACUGGCAUGUGGAAGUCGCAUUUGUCUGAUGAUUCGCUUGGUGUGAAAUUUGAAGUUGAGAUUAAUGAGAUUCAGAAUCCUCCGCUUGAUGGUUCGGCUAUGGCGAUGAGGCAUAUUUCGAACAGAAGGUAUCAUAGUAAUGGGAUUAAGGAAGGCUUGAGCUUAGGCAUGUGUAGAAAACUUGCACAGAUGAUGCAAGGGAACAUAUGGAUAUCACCGAAGUCGCAUGGACAGACACAGAGUAUGCAAUUAGUUCUGAGGUUUCAGACAAGACCGUCGAUGAGGAGAUCGAUCUUAGCAGGGAAUGCUCCAGAGCUGCAACAUCCGAACUCGAAUUCGAUUCUCCGUGGUUUGAGGAUCACGCUAGCAGACGAUGACGAUGUGAACAGAACGGUGACGAAGAGGCUUCUUGAGAAACUGGGAUGCGAAGUGACAGCUGUGUCGUCUGGGUUCGAGUGUUUGAGUGCGUUGUCGAACGUGGAGAUGUCGUAUAGAGUAGUGAUAUUGGAUCUGCAGAUGCCGGAGAUGGAUGGUUUUGAAGUAGCGAUGAAGAUAAGGAAGUUUUGUGGGCAUCAUUGGCCGUUGAUUAUAGCUUUGACUGCGAGUACUGAAGAUCAUGUUAGGGAGAGGUGUUUGCAGAUGGGGAUGAAUGGUAUGAUUCAGAAGCCUGUUCUUUUGCAUGUUAUGGCUUCUGAGCUUAGACGGGCUUUACAGAGCGCAAGCGAGUGA